AUGGCGUUGCGACGGAAUGUGUUCGUGUUAAUUACGAGUGACGAGCUCAGCCCGACCGUUCGUGCUUUCUUGAACAUUCUCAAAGAGGACCCCAAGAUCGCCCUCAUAUGUCAUCUGGGCAGUUUCCUUGACCGAGAUCUCGACUCUCAGCCAAGCUACGAGAUCCUCUGCAUCUUGCAGGAGGUGCCCCCUAUAAUCGGGAAAUGGGAUACCGAGAAGCUUCUGCAGCGACUGUGCGAGAAACCGAGAGAUAUAGUCACAUCCGGUAGUGCACGCGAAGUCAUGGCCUCCCUUGGAAUUUUCGACGGUCGGACGGUUUCAUCCGGGAACUUACCAGUGGGCGUGGUGUCAAGCUUCCCGCAAAUCCAUUGGGAGUCGGACGAGUUCAUACGCGACAUGCAUAUAUGGACUUCCGACGAUUCCCCGAAGUCCUUGCGGAAUAUUGCUCUGCUUCUUCCAUACGCGGACGAUCUGCGGGGGCAGUUGCCGGUCUCAGCCUUCAACGAACCGCCCUUCUGGAUACAGAGCCCAGGUCCGCAGACGACGAGGACGGAGUCUCCGGGCGACCGACUCGCCGGGCUGAUUUCCACCUCUCCACCCUCGAAGCAGAACCGAGUGAUCCUCGACGCCGUCCAGUUUGCCAUCCGCCUGGCCGUGGAGGGCUCCAUCGACGCAUGCAAUGAGAUCAUCGGCUGCUUGCUUCGUGUCUUCCCCGGCGCACCCGAGCUCCUCCUAGACCGGUUCAACGUGCGGAGACCGCUCGAGUUCCUUUGGGACGCCACCUCUCAGCGGCCCGCGUUCGUGCCCUGGCAAGCGCCGUCCGCGGCGGAGCUCGACGGUUGGGACGCGGCCAAGCGCGACGGUCACAAGCUGCCUCCACGGGAUGAGUAUGAGAACGUUCUGGAGUCGGUCGCGCUCCGGAUCCGAUACGGUGAUGCAUACCUUCGGCCGUACACUCUCGCCGGCGCGGUUGCCAUGGCCACGGACUCCGGAGAUGACACGCACGCGCUCCAGUGGAUGGACAUGUUGUAA